AUGGCAGAAGACCUUCGAAGUGAAGCACCCAACGCUGCCAGCAAUGGUGGACACGAGGGCGGAGUGAGAGACGGCACUGCUAACAGCAGCGAGGAAAGCAGAGGUUUUUCACAAGAGACAAGUGAUGAAUCGAUUAGUGUCUCGACAAGAAACCGAGCGACAGGGUUGAACGAGAUUGGUCGAGGGAGGAAGAAAAGUCGGCCGAUCGGCUAUGGCGCAGAGAUCGAUCUCGCGACCGGCGGAAUGGAUCGAGGGAUCGACAGAAGGACAGAUCCAGGGAUAGACGACGCGACAGGUCUCGGGAUCGGGGGAGGGACAGGUCUCGGGAUCGGGGGAGGACAGGUCUCGGGAUCGGGGGAGGGACAGGUCUCGGGACCGGGGAGGGACAGGGACAGCGACAGAAGGGAUCGCAAGUCUCCCGACGGCGAGAACCGACCUAAGGCUGCUGAGGGUGCUCCGGAGAGUCAGACGCCCGUGAAGUUGUCUGGGGGAUCGAUCGUGAGUGAAGCGCUGAACAAGCUGCAGAUGCAGCUUCGAGCCGAGAUGAACAACAGUCCUGCUCUUGCAAAGGCGAAGAUCAGCGCUAAACGGCUGUACAUCGGGAACCUGCCUGUUGGACUUCCCGUGAGUUCGAAUGUAUUGGGUAGGAACGAACAUUGA